AUGCGCGAAGCAGUGACGUGUCGCAAAAGUGUCAAACCAGAGGGAUGUAGCGAAAUGACCCAAAACUCUCCGGAUAAACUUCCUAAAGUAGCCGAGAGUCACCGGCAGGUUCGGGUAGUCUCGUUUUAGGAGUCGCCCGCACGCGUAGCUUAGGCCGUAGUUAGCGGAGCCGAGGAGGAAAACAGCUUUAAGUCACUUUUCCAACCCCUCUCGACAUUGACGUCGAGCUAACGGAGCUAACCUGCUAGCCGGCUUCAGUUAACAAUAACACAGAACUAAUGUGAAGCUGGUCGAGGGUUUUUUUUUUUUUUUUUUUUUUUAGCCUCUCUCGACCGUCUCUUCCAGUGCACUGGGAUUUUCUGAAGGCAGGACGAACCAGGAAAGGGACGAAGAUGUCUCGGAGGCGGCUUGACAGUCGCAGCGGACUCUCGUCCGCUUUGCUGGGAGAGAUUCAGACUCCGAUCAGCACAGAACCGAUGGAAAAUGUUUAUGAAAUAACCGGAGAGUUGGGAAGGGGGAAGUUUGCGGUGGUUAAACACUGCGUGGAGAAGGCCACAGGGAAAGUGUUUGCGGCCAAGUUCCUUCGGAAGAGGAGGAGAGGUCGUGACUGCCGGGCCGAGGUCAUCCAUGAGAUGGCCGUUCUGGAGAUGGCUCGAAACAACGCCAGGGUGGUCAACCUGCACGCGGCCUACGAGACGGACCACGACAUCGUCCUCGUGCUGGAGUACGCUGCGGGUGGGGAGAUAUUUGACCACUGCAUGUCUGAGGAGCUGCUGCCCGAGUCCCAGAUCACCCGCCUGAUCCGGCAAACGCUGGAGGGCGUCCACCACCUCCACCUCCUCCACCUGGUCCACUUAGACCUGAAGCCACAGAAUAUCCUCCUGACCAGCCUGUCCCCUCCGGGAGACAUAAAGAUCGUAGACUUUGGCCUGGCACGCAGACUGGGCGCGGUUGGAGAGCUUAGAGAGAUUCUUGGCACGCCUGAAUACGUGGCCCCAGAGAUCCUCAACUACGAGCCAAUCACGACGGCCACUGACCUAUGGAGUGUGGGUGUUAUCUCCUACAUGCUGGUGACGGGUGAGUCUCCGUUCGCCGGUGACGACAAACAGGAGACGUAUCUGAACGUGUCCCAGGUCAACGUGGACUACGACAACGAGGCCUUCUCCCAGGUGUCUGAGCUGGCUGUGGACUUCAUCCGCAAGCUGCUGGUCAAAGCCCCCGAGGACCGUCCCAGCGCUGCAGAGUGCAUGACCCACCCGUGGCUGUGGCAGCAGCAGCUCUGCCUGAGCCCGGAUUUCGCCUCCACCACCAUCACCACCACCUCCCGCCCCGGCCGCGAGAGGAGCUGUGGCACCAAGUGGGCGGCGCCGCCCGAGAACCUGGAGGACAAGGAGAACUUCCUGGAGUCCCCGCACUCUCAAGCGAAAAGGUUCCGCAUCGGCGAGGAGAGGCCCGCCGCUGGAGACGGUGACUCUUAAAAAGAAAAGAAAAUAUAAAAUGUCAGAAAGGAGGAAUGAGUUGAAGUGAGGCGGGGUUUGUGCGCACGUCUUCCUCUGAGUUUAUUCAUUCUUUUAGCCUCCUGAAAACCAACCGUCUGCUGCCACCGCUCACCAGUACUUAGGCUGUUUCUGUGUAAGGUCGACCUCUCAAACCAAAGAUAACCAGCUAAAUUUAAGGAUCUGUUGUUGUUGUUGUUGUUGUUAAAACGUGUGGAAAUUGUCCCAUUAAUGCAGCGUGUUUAACCUCCAGUAUUUAAUUCCUUUCAUGGCUGAGAAGUGUUUUUCAAAGGGCUGCAUUGACCCUGUGCUAACGAAAGCUUGUGUGUCCGGGGAAAUCUAUGCAAUACAUUAUUUUUUUUUCUUUAAAUCUCUGCCUUGAGGUGGGAAGAGCUGCACGUGUGCAACUCCUGCCACACUUGUUCCACUUGUGCUUCAGCAGAAAUGUGUCAUUUCAAGAUAAGCACUGAGCAGUGAGGAGGGAAGUGUCCUUAUUUGCAUGUUAAAGAGGGACAGCGGCAGAUUCUGGUCUCUGUGGGCUACAUGCUACAUGCUACAUGCUGCGGUUUCGUUCCUCGUCUGAUCCGCGCCUCCACUUCCCAGUCGACCAGCAGAGAGGCCGGAUCGCACACAAGCACAUCACAUUCCUUAACACACAACACGUCGGCCUUUUUUUUUUUUCCCCCUUAACGUCUGUUUCCUGCGUUUGUGCGACAGGUCGAGGGUUUAAAUUUAGCUCAGGGGUUUUUAGAUGAUUUUUAAACAGUGUAACCGCCUUCAAAUAAACAGAAACUCUUCCAUGUGUAUUAAGUAAAAAGGCACAUUAGUGUUUUGUCCUAACGUCCUGAAAGAGGUAGAUUAACUUUAAAGUGUUGCAGCAGCAGCGAUGACUCAAAGCAGUUGCCGCACCCUGGGAUGGUUUCCUCGCCGAGCUGCAAGUUCCUCUUUGUUUUUUGUUUUUUUUUGUUUUUUCUUGCAGAGGAGAAACACAACUUUAGCACUUACUUCAUAAGCACAGGUUUAUUUCUGAAAGUGCUUGUGUGUGUGUGUGUGUCUGUCAGUGCCUCACCAAAGCCAUUCAGUCGUCUCAUUUUAAAGCUACUCCAGUCGUCCUGGGUCCGGGUGCCUCAGCUCAACUGGUCCUGUUGUUGUGUCUCAGGGCGCGCUGCUCAUUCUCUUUGGUUUUCUAUAUGUUAUUCCUAUUAAGCCUAUUAUUAUUAUUGUUAUUAUUAUUAUUAUUAUUUAUGUGCUGGACUUAUACUUUAUAUUUCCAUGUAAAUAACGCGCUCACGUGUCUUAUGGGGAAGAUUUUGACGGGUAGUAAAACGCAGGUGAUGCAGUGGAGAGAAUAUUUGGAGAAUGGGAGUGAGUGAGGGUGAGUAAGGGUGAGUCGUCAGGUGGAACUGGGAAGUAAAGACGAGGUGGAAACGGAAGAUGAGUCGGAGAUGAGUGGUUUUAAGGAAGGAGCUAGAAACGAAUCAUCUCGGGGUAUAAACUUACCCCCGGGUGUUAAGAUGUGCGGGUUGUAAGAAAGUUGAAACGAUGAUUUGACCGUGAGGUUUUAGAAGAAGAAGAAGAAGAACCACUGUACAUGAAUAUGAAACAUGAGGUGCUAUUGACUUUCUCCCAGGAUCUUUUGUUCAAGUAACGAAACUAAAUCUCACGUCGCCGAAAGAGGAGGCAGCUCCACGAUCUCUCGUCGAACCUCCAGCAGGAACAUUCCUCUCUUUCGGCGUCGUGGUGCCAAACCCGAAUAGGACCACAUUGUGUUUGUUUGUGUUGUUGUUGUCGUCGUCGUCACCGGCUGGCACCGCGGCCUCUGUGUGCGCGGGAGACGAUGCUCUCAUCUGUGUGCUGUCAUCCUAGGAAACUGGAACACUGUAAAAGACGUUCAUCUCAGAGAGACGGUUUAACAGAUCGAGUGCAGCAGCAGCAAGUGAAGCUGAGCUGGAAUAUAAUUUGCUACUGUAUAAGAAAAAAAAAAAAAAGCUUGAAUCUUAAACACAUAUCUGUCAACUCAGAUUUUUUAUUUUUUUUUUUGUAAUACCUCUUCAAAGAGUCUUGAAAAUAAUCUCAAUCUGGGCUGAAAUGAUGAUGUGUCUGAAGGUGUAAGUAGUCUGGGGCGUUCAUGGAUGCAGUGGCUUUUGCUGCCUUUGUUUAUCCGUCACUUGAACACGACUGAUGCUGUAGUAGUCGGGGGUUUGUGUCGUUUCGUUUUUUUUUUCCUCUGAGAGCUCGUUGUCUGCAGAAAGCGAAGCCGCUGACGUCAACAUUCCCGUCAGUUCUGUCUCAGCAGUGAGACUGAAAGAUGCUGUAUGUUAAGAGUCAAACCAGCAAGAGAAUAAAUGUUUGAGAUGUACCUUUAUUUUGCAUGUGUAUAUAUAUUGUUUUUUUUUUUUUAAUAUAUGAACACAUUCUGAUUGCAUUUGAAAUGACUAAAACAUAAUCCAUUUGUAUUCUGAUCAACUGCAGGCUAAUAUAUAGCGUCACAAAGCAACCUGAAGAAAAGCUCAUUAAAGAUGGUAGAAUAACGGA